AUGGCUGAUAUAGGAUUGAGUUUAUGGUUUGGAGCUGAGAGAGAAGGAGAAGUUGGGGCAGUUCGAGCCAGCUUAAGUAUCUUAGUGAGAGAGAGUGAUUACAACAUUCCAUUGUAUGAACUUCUGUUACUUCUUAUGAAAGUUGAAACAAUUCCAGCUGCUGAGACUGAAGGAAGAGCAACAAUGCAACAAGCACAACUUCCUGGUAACAGAACCAGCAUCACCAGCAAUGGAGAAUUCAAUGUCAUCCAGGGUCUGCAGUCAUCCUAUUGGAAACUGUCUGAUGCAGAAUGUGACCGAGCUCUUCCUGAUGAGAUGCUUAUCACAAGGCAAGACCCAGUGAAGAUGGAAACUAGACGUGAUAACUGUAGGCAAAGUAAUGAGGACUUUGGCAUGAAAACAGAAUUAGAAAUGCAUCUGCAAACUCAUGCAGAGGAAAUGCCAUGCAGCUGGCUUAACCAUAGCAACAGUCUAACAUUAUAUAGUAGCAGUGUAACUGAUCAUCUAAAUGACAGUGGGGAAAGGCCAAACAAUACCUCACCAACGCAUAGACAAAUACUAAUUAGGCAGGCUUUGUAUAAAGAUGUUACAAUUGCCAAAGGUUUUACAGAUAGAAAAAAAUUAGCACUACAGAAUAUUAUUCAUACGGGUCAGAAUCCCUUUACCACAUGUGUCAAAAGUUUUACACAGAAUAAUGACAUGCCAAUACUUAAUAAUGUCCAGGUUUGGCAAAAUCAUCAGACUAUCCACACUAGCCUACUACGCUGUGAAUGCACCACAUGUGACAAGAGUUUUGCAUACAAAGGCAAUAUGUUGAAUCAUCAGAUACACUGUGGGCAGAAGCCAUAUAAAUGUACCACAUGCGACAAGAGUUUUGUACGAAAGGGAAAUCUGGCCCAACAUCAGAGGAUCCACAAUAGCACAGAAGUCUAUAAAUGUGCCAUGUGUGAUAAGAGCUUUGUAUACAAAAGCAAUUUGGUGACUCAUCAGGGGAUCCACACUGGGUGGAAAACAUUUAAAUGUACCACAUGUGACAAGAGUUUUAUAAGAAAGAACCAUCUGGCACUUCAUCAGAAGAUGCAUACAGGGCAGAACCCAUACAAAUGUGCCACGUGUGACAAGAGUUUUAUAAGGAAGAACCACUUGACAUGUCAUCAGAAGAUGCAUACAGGGCAGAACCCAUACAAAUGUGCCACGUGUGACAAGAGUUUUGUGUACAAAGGCAGCAUGUUGAGUCAUCAGAUACACUGUGGGCAGAAGCCAUAUAAAUGCACCAUGUGUGACAAGAGUUUUUUACGUAAGAUUCACAUGGUAACACAUCAAUAUGUCCAUAGUGAGCAGAAACCAUAUAAAUGCACCACAUGUGACAAGAGUUUUGUAUGGAAAAGCGGUUUGGUGACUCAUCAGUGGGACCACAUUGGGCAGAAGCCAUAUAAAUGUUCCAAGUGUGACAAGAGUUUUAUAAUGAAGAACCGAAUGGCACUUCAUCAGAUGAUACAUACAGGGCAGAAAUCAUACAAAUGUAGCAUGUGUGACAAGAGUUUUGUAUACAAAGGCAGGAUGUUGAGUCAUCAGAUACACUGUGGGCAGAAGCCAUGUAAAUGUACCACGUGUGACAAGAGUUUUGUAUACAAAAGAAGUAUGAUGAUUCAUCAGGGGCUCCAGAGUGGGCAGAAGUGGGGGUCCUGAUGGAGAGAUGAAAAGUCAGCAAGCUAAGGAGAGUAGUAGUGCUGAAAUUGAA